GGCUACCAAGUCCCUGACUGGUUAUGUGGCUGAUAUGUUGGCGGAGCUGCCUAGCAAGGCGCCGUGGCUCCAGCUGGCUGUGUCGCUGGCUAGGAAUUUGUCCAAAGUGGAGGAUGAGGAUUUGAGCGAGGCUGUGAUACGGGCUUGGACUACAUUUUCGUAUCAUCUCAACCACUUGGUAUCUCUUUCAGCCAUGCUAGACCGCGUGAGAGCAUGCGACGUAGGAGGAGUCACAUUCAUCAGCCACGUCCACGAGGGCAUCAGGAUGCUAGACGAGCAACCCAACUCCACAGGCAUCGAGCAGUCGCUCCAUGUGCUCUACUCGCUCGUCCGGGGCAUGGAGAUCCUCUCCGACGCCGAGGGACACCAUGCAGGGGACGACUGGCGGGUGAAUUCGGGCUACGCCUUGAUCCUGCGGCGGACAGGCGAGGCGCCUGGGUGGAUGGCCCCGUACAGGUUUUUAGCAGAGAGGCAUAGACAUCGUGGCGAGCGCGACGAGGCAGAGCAGGCUCUGCGGAAGGCUAUCGAGACGGCGAGUGAGCUUUGGUCACCGUGGGAUCCGGUUGUGUUUGGCUAUGUGUCGGUCUUGCGGAUCUGGCUGGUGGAGUGGUACGGCGAGGGCAGCGUCAAGGUAGCAGAGGUCACUAGAUGGCAGGACGAGCUGAGGGGUCGUGUUGGGGCUUCAGCUCAGAGGCAGUAGUUGAUUGAAGCAAUUAAUUACAACAUGU